CACCGAGCUCAGCUCCUUCCUUCCAGCUUGUAGCCAGAGGCUUUGCUCAUCGAUUCUGCUUUCAAUUUUGUUUCUUUCUAAAGCCACACACAGGAGUUUCGUUUUCUUUUUUGCCAGAAAGCUCAUCGGGGUGACAAGCCCUGAUUCUGGGGUGUGAACGGCAAACGCCGACCCCCCCUCGCAGCCGCAGAUGCACCAAGUUCAGCCACGUCAGAACAGCUCAUCGGGACCGGCCCCUCCUCUCCGAGCCUCAGUGCAGGAGCCUCCGCGCUGCCCUGAAGGCUCCGGGGUCCAGCGGCGGCCGCCAGCAUGGCCCAGGCCCCCGAGGACCCUGGCGAAGCAGACCUUGAGCAGAGGAUCCUGAGGGCACUGCGGGCCGCCGGCUCCCCUGUGAAGUCCGUCCAGCUGGCAAAGGAAUGCCGGGUGCCCAAGAAGAAACUCAACCAAGUCCUCUACCGGAUGCAGAAGGAGUCGAAAGUCUCCCUGGCCGGCCUGGCGCUUUGGCGCCUGGGCGAGGGAGGGACUGGAGAGGUGGUGCCCGCAGAGCCGGCGCAGCUCAGCCAGGCGAGGCCCCAGCCAGACGCAGCGGCAAUUCCAGAGGGACCUGGCCCUCAGCUCAGUGAACAGCAGAAAGCCAUCUACAAGUUCCUGGAAGGCUCUGGGCCCUGUAAGGCUCUGAUCAUCGCCCAGGCCCUGGGAAUGAAGACAGCAAGAGAAGUGAACCCAGGCUUGUAUGAUAUGAGGAAGAAGCACCUUCUGAAUCUUGAUGAGAAAUCGAGCGUGUGGUCCAUUUAUCGGCCAGAUUGUGGAGGAAGAAAUGAGUCCCCUGCGAUCAUUUACCAGCAAAAUCCAAUCAACAUGAUCUGUCAGAAUGGACCAAAUAACUUCAUUUCCAUUGAGAACUCUGAAGACAUCCAGAUCGGACACGGGAACAUCCUAGUGAGGCAAACCGCCUCAGGGGAGAAUGGUUCCGUGGGGCCCCUGCACCCCCCUCCAAUGGCACCAGCUGGUCCCUCAACGCAGAGCUCCCCGGCUACAGCCUGGGGACCCCAGGACAUCCGCUUGGAGAAGUCUGUGCUCAGACGGGUGCUGCUGGGACACGGGAACGAGAUGAGCCUUCGCGGGGCCCAGGCUGGAGGCCCUGCUGCCUGCGGCCCCUCUGACAGCCCCCCAGCCUCUGCCGCCACUGUUGGCUCAGGAGCUCCAUUCCAAGUCCUGGUGCCCAAGCCAGGACCUGACUGCAAGGGGGAUGGGACCCAGAGGGUCCACAUCAGUUCAUGCUUCCUUGAGGACACUGCCAUUGGCAACAGCAACAGAAUGACUGUCAUCUCAGGGACGGCUGGUCCAGGAGAAGUUGCAGAGCCUGAGGACUGCCGGAGGGGCCCCGAGGAGCCGGGCAAGGAUGCAGGGCCCCUCUCGGAAGGUGCGGAGUCCAAAAACGAGUCCCUUCCGGACCCGGCUUCGCCCCUCAACGCCAAGGUCUCGAAGCUCAUCUCCCAACUAGAAGCUGUGACUCUCGGGAGCAGGGGUCCCCGCACCGCAGAAGACAGCGGCUGGGCGGACAGAACCCCAGAUGUGGCGUCCCAGCGGGAGGUCGCACCCCAAAAAGACAGCCAGGCUCCCUCAGAAAGAGCAGGCGAACCCCAGUGAGCCCUGGGGCUAUGCUUUCUGUGUUCCAUGAAUGUGCUUUUCCGCCUUCUUGCCUCCUGACACGGGGCCGACGAGGCUCAGCAUUUGGGCCUGGUGGCUGGGGCACGUCUGACCCCACUGCCCGCCCGCCUUCACGGCUACCCCCUCUCCUCUCCAAGGCCUGACUUCCUCAAGGCCUGUUAGGGCUGCCUGACCGCUUUCCCACUUGACCUUUCUAGAACCUUCCUACCCUCUGAUCUCUCAGGACUUCUUAGCUGAACUUCUAGAAAAUGAAUCCCUCCCGUCCAGGCCCCAGUGGGGGUCACUGGCUGUGGUGCUUGCGGGUGGGCUGGGUUCCCUUGAAUGAUUGUGGGCACAGCAGCGUUUCCGGAACAGAGGAAUAGAGUGGGGUUCAGAGGACACUUGCAGAGGGGUGACGGGAGGAAGACAGAGAAGGACAGAGGAAGGUGGUGGUCAGCCGGGCAGGGCCAGCGUGGGCCAGGCUAAUGUCCUCCACUUGUUUGGUCCGUAACACACACGCAGGUACAUGUGCACCGCCCCUCAGAUGCCAUGCUGCACGUCACUCCCUUGUGUCUCCUCCACUGGACCAUGAAUGUCCAACGCCCAGGAGCAGCCCCGGUGGAGGAGGGGCGGACUCCUCACAGAGCCUCAGUAAAGGAGGUCAUUGAGCAGGGGCGCCUCGGGGGCUCAGUCAGUUAAGCAUCCAACUCGAUUUCAGCUCA